GUUCGGGGCGUGCGAAAUGCUGCAUCAUACCUGGUUUUUUCCAAUUUUAUCACCUGAUUAAAUCACAUUUUUAAAUCUUAUCAUCUUCUUGUUGUUGGGGUUCAAUUAAAAUGGUUCGGGCUUGGUUGUUAUCCGAAGAAAAGGCUCUGACGCCUAAAUUUGUUACUUUGGAGGAGUUGUACAAGACUAGCGGAGUUGAAUACUAUCAGAUCGAAAUCAACAACUAUGAAGCUGAUGCACUCCUCAAAAACCUGAUGGAGCAAAGAGACAAUCAUAACAUCAACAAAAUCGAAAAUCUGGAUGAUAAUGACUUGUUGGAACACAUUUCGGAACAUUUUCACGAACACGACGAGCUUCGUUUGGUCUUAGCAGGCUGUGGCUUUUUUGACAUUCGAGACAAAUACGAUGAAUGGCUCAGAAUCGAACUGAUUCCUGGUGAUCUCAUCGUGAUACCUGGAGGAUGUUAUCAUCGAUUUAUCGUCGAAGACAAGGAUACUUACAAAGGUGUAAGAUUCCUCAAGGACUAUGGAUACAAGGCAUUUAAAAGACCAAACGAUGAAUUGGACUGCAGAAAAGAUUACAUGAGAAGACUUUACAAUGGUGCUUAUGAUGACCAAGCCAAACAGGAAUAAAGCCUGCUGAAAACACAGCUUCUGAAAAUAUAAAAUAUAUUAUAAAGCAUAGAUUAGAAUAAUUAUAGACACAGUUUCAACAAUAAUAAUUAUUUUUCAUGAGCAUGUAAAUAUUAUGUAGGUAUUGCGUAUAUUAAAUUAGAGUAUUAUUAUUUUA